AUGCUUGCAUAUGGUCAAGCAACAGAUUCCACCGACGAGUAUGUUAAGAUAGGACAAUCAACAUCAAUUGAAAGUAUGAAGAGAUUUUGUCGAUCAGUAGUGGAAAUAUUUUUAGGGCAGUAUUUGAGAUCACCAAUUGCUAUUGAUGUUGCAAAACUUCUAUAUAUUGGUGAAAAAAGAGGUUUUUUAGGAAUGUUGGGAAGCUUAGAUUGCAUGCACUGGAAAUGGAAAAAUUGUCCAACUGCCUGGGCUGGGCAAUAUGCGUGUCGUGGUGGAUCACCAACUAUUAUUCUUGAAGUUGUCGCAGAUUAUGAUAUUUGGAUAUGGCAUGCUUAUUUCAGUAUGCCAGGCACACACAACCAUAUCAAUGUGUUGGAGUCUUCUCACCUUUUCUCCAAUCUUGCUCAAGGUAUUGCUCCUCCCAUUCGUUACUUCAUUCAAGGAAUAUGA